AUGGUCCGCAUCAAAGAGAGAUAUCUCCUUGUCAACAUCGUUUAUCCGCCUGAUCCUGCAAAGGCUGCAAAAUCAAAUUUGCCAGACUUUGUCCUUAAUCAUCAACCAACCAUCGAAAAGCUCACGCCUGGCGCUCUUAUCAAGGGCAUUAGAGCCGAGGUCGCGUCACUCUAUGGUGAUUAUGGGUCUGGGGCCUUGAUGACCUGCUCAGUGAAAUAUCUAUCUUUGGCAACCUCAACUUUUAUCCUCAGAUGUUCCAGGGCACACUAUCAAAUGCUGUGGUCCACUCUGACCUUCAUGGACCACGUUCCUGUCAAAGAUGGCAGACCAUGCAUAUUUCGCGUUGUGCGCGUCAGUGGAACAAUCCGUAAAGCUGAGGAGGAAGCUAUUCGCCAAGCAAAGAGGCUCAUCCUCGCUGCAAAGGAGGACACGGAUUCCAAACUCUCACUUAACAGUUCACUGCGCAACCAGGAAGAAAUGGUCCUCGACAUAAACGAUGUGUCAAGUGACGAAGACAUGGACGACACAGAUGGAUGA